AUGAAGUCUACUUCUGCAAAUGGUGGCAGGCCGAGUACGAACCUAGUCCAACUCGCUUCCGGAAAGAUUCUGAUUGCAAGCAGUACCCGUACAAGAACUCCCUUCCUGGAGUUUACUGUAGAUGAAGUUAAUGCACUCUGCAAAUGCAUCUCACCUAUUGCCAAAGCAACUCCAAGCAAGCACAAGAGAGCUGAAGCGACUGGGGGAGAAGCUAUCCUCUCAAGAAGCGCGUCUUCUGCUGUAUGCAGCGCCGAACACACGAUUGUCUUCGAGCACCAAAAAGUCUUCUUCGAGCACCAGGACAAAGUCAUCUUCCAUACUUCCAAGGCCACCUCAACAACCUUGAAGUUGACACACUCGAGCUCGAAGUCGUCAAGUCCGUCGAAGGCAACAUCAAGCACUCAAAAAGCUUCUACGAGCUCGAAGUCCUCGUCCAGCACUAGCAAGACGACUUCGACAAGCUCAAGAGUUAUUGCGUCUUCAACAUCGAAAUCUUCCUCUAGCCGUGAUACUUCAUCAAGUCUAGUUUCUUACGAAGCUUCCAGCAGCAUAAUUUUGCCCAGUCUGAUCAUCGAAACAUCGAGCUCAACAUCAACAACUCUUUCAUCGACAAUCACAAGUUCGAGCAUGCUGAUCUCUUCAGCCAUCAUUUCAACUAACUCAACAAGACAAAUCAUCUCGUCAACUGUUUCAAGCUCAGCUGUUGAUGAUCUUCCAACAAUCGCUGCUUCUUUGACCUUUGCCCCUGAGUUCACAGCUAUCACGACCUCUUGUAAUGACCUUGUUUGCGUCACUGUUGCCGUCGAUGCUUCUACAACCAGCACGUUUGGUGCUCUUACAACCGACCCUGCAAUUACCACCACUACUGCUACGACCUCUGCGCCUGAGUUCACGGCAACCACGGUUUCUUGCGAAGAUCUUGAUGAUCUUCUUUGCGUCUCGUUAGCCAUUGGUUCCUCUACAACCAGCACAAUCGGUGACAUGUUUGUCAUUGGCUCCGAUCCCACAGCAUCGAUCGCCCAGCCGACAAUCACCGAGACGUCUGCAACUGAGACCAGCUUACCUACAACGACGACUAGCACAAGCUCUGCCUGUACCCCACUGCCCACUUCUUGUGACGACUACACCUACUUCCGUCUCAAGGCUUCCAGCAGUGACUCGGCCAUCAACGGAAAAUACGCUCAAGUUUCCGCCGAGGGCAUCUCUAUGACGGAGGAAAACAUGUAUUAUGCGAUGGUAUUCUGUCUGACUAAUGAUAACGAUCUUUUAUAUCCUAUCAGCGAUUACUCCCAGAUCAUUGGCAAGACAAGCAGCAACCGUCCGAUUCAGAUCGGCUCCAUGGGCACCCCCUUGAAUUGCACGGCUGUGUCAAACGAAGAUUGCACUGCUACUCUGCAGUGUACUUGGCAGGAUGAUUACAAAAUGGUUGUUGACAGCGCUGACACAUUGUAUCUGACCGACGAGAAGGCGACGGAUUACAGCGCCGAUGGAGAUCCCAGACCAGUGAACCUCAUAUUGAGCUGGUAG